GGUGCCGUUCGCAUCGUCGUCGCUUCGGUCCCUCCGAAAUAAUUCACAUAUAUCCCCGAACCGAACCAUCCUGAACUGAACUGUGGAUUUGUUGACUUACCAUGCACUCGUGUCAGUUGCGUUUUGCGUUCCGUGCGCUGCGGCUGCGUUACUAGCUGAUUUCUAGUGAUUUAUCUGAUUUAAAGCAGUAUAAAUUGUUUUCAAAAAAAUCAAAGAAGUUUUGAAUCACUUACGACAACAGCAAACUCUUCCCAUAAUUUCCCUACUUAUGUUACUUCCCUAAAAAAAAAUUAAAAAAAAUUAUUUUAAAAUAAUAAACAGUAAUGUGUGAAAUAUUUAAAAAUAAAUCAAACCAAAGAACCCAAAUAAAUUCCAUAAUAAUACAUCAAAAUGUAAAUUAAAAUCGUGAUGCGAUUCAACCGAUAAUAAUGCAUUAAGUAAACGAAAAUAUUUGCGCAACAGCUGUUGAAUAAUUUGCAUAAAUCGGCGCUGGACCAACACUUUGGGCUCUAGUUCUGCAGAGCUGCCCAGUUGAUAAUUAAUAAUUAAUGCAUCUGCAGGGAAGGCUCAAACCGGCUGUCCUUGGCAGCAAAAGCAACUACAGCAUUGAGUGACAGGCGGCAAUCACAAAAGACUUGCAGCAGUUGCAGCUGAAACACAAACAACAACAAUGGCCAGUGGCAACAAUGAAACUGCGCCGCUCUACUGCGGCAGCGGCAUGGAUAAUUUCCACACAAGCUACAAAAACAUGCAUGGCUAUGUUUCGCUGGUGGUUUGCAUCCUAGGCACCAUUGCGAAUACCCUGAAUAUUAUUGUGCUAACACGACGUGAGAUGCGCUCCCCCACGAAUGCCAUACUCACUGGUCUGGCCGUCGCCGAUUUGGCAGUUAUGCUGGAAUAUAUACCCUACACCAUACACGACUAUAUCCUAACGGACAGUUUGCCGCGAGAGGAGAAACUCAGUUACAGUUGGGCCUGCUUCAUUAAGUUCCAUUCUAUUUUUGCCCAGGUUUUGCAUACCAUAUCGAUAUGGCUGACUGUAACUCUGGCCGUUUGGCGUUAUAUAGCAGUGGGUUAUCCGCAGAAGAAUCGCGUUUGGUGCGGCAUGAGAACUACUAUAAUAACGAUUACCACGGCCUAUGUGGUUUGUGUUUUGGUGGUGUCACCCUCUCUCUAUUUGAUCACAGCUAUAACGGAAUAUGUUGAUCAAUUGGAUAUGAAUGGCAAGGUGAUAAACUCGAUUCCCAUGACCCAAUACGUAAUUGAUUACCGUAAUGAGAUAAAGAGUGCCAUGGCGGCUGCCUUGAAUGCCACGCCCCCUACAAGUGCACCGCUGAACGAAACUCUGUGGCUGAAUGUGAGUUCCUUGAUCACCACCACCACAUCGACAACCACAACGACGAUGGCACCACCAACCACUCCAUCGCCAGUGGUGCGAAAUGUAACAGUGUACCGGUUGUAUCACAGUGAUUUGGCCUUGCACAAUGCCUCGCUGCAAAAUGCCACCUUUCUUAUAUACAGUGUGGUCAUAAAACUAAUACCCUGCAUAGCACUUACCAUUCUAUCGGUUCGAUUGAUCCUGGCUUUAUUGGAGGCCAAGCGGCGGAGAAAGAAGCUGACCAGCAAACCCAUAGCUCCGGCUGCCAGUAAUGGAACGAAGUCCGUGGUAAAUGGAAAGGCAGCCGACAGGCCGAGAAAAAAUAGUAAAACUUUAGAGAAGGAAAAGCAAACCGAUCGUACCACUCGAAUGUUGUUGGCCGUGCUGCUUCUCUUUCUCAUCACCGAAUUUCCACAGGGGAUUAUGGGUCUGCUGAAUGCCGUUCUCGGAGAUGUCUUCUACCUGCAGUGCUACCUAAGACUGAGUGACCUCAUGGACAUUUUGGCCCUGAUAAACUCCAGCAUCAACUUCAUUCUGUACUGCUCGAUGAGCAAACAAUUCCGUACAACGUUCACUUUGCUAUUUCGUCCAAAAUUCCUGGACAAAUGGCUGCCAGUGGCGCAGGACGAGAUGGCAGCUGCUCGGGCGGAGCGUUCGGCAGUGGCGCCUGUCCUGGAAAAGGGGCGACAGCAGCAGGUGCAGGUGGUGACGGCUACCACGACCACGAACAUCACACAGGUGACGAAUCUGUAGCAUCGAAGGAGGAGGAGUCGUGGUCGCCGAACGCUGCUCAGCCGCCUGCUGAGUGUCCUCAAACGCAGGCGAAGGGAGUCCUCCGGAGGUCCUAUAACCGGAAAUGGGGCAGUGGAGCCUGAGGCGGAUCCCUUGGCCCAGCAGUUCCAGGCCAUUGUUGUGGUCGUGGACAAAGUGAGCGGGGCCACGGAUCACCAGCUAUAUACCGCUGAAACAUCUCGAAUUGUGACGUAGUUUUAUCCUGAUAAAAUAUAUAUAUUAAACCCUUAAAUAUAUCCUUGUAAAAAGUAAACUAGCUGUGUAAGAGCACCCCCAGAUAAACACGAGUUAUUUGCAUACUUUGGUGAGAAAUCGUAAAAGCCGUCGCAUUCGUAAUAAUAAUAAAACGCUCGCUCAUCACUCAUACGCACCAUUGGAUUCUACUCUAUUCCCUCUUCACACUCAAGAGGCAGCUGUAAAAAUACUGUGCAUGAAUUCGCAUAUGUAACCUACAGCUACGAGCAAAAUAUUAGUUUUAUUUAGUUUAAAAAAUUUUUUA